UUCUGAUGCAUCAUGGGAACUUAAAAGAGACAUUGUUAAGUUCCCAUUAUAUAUCUUAGUGCUAGUGUUGUUUAACAAGCAUUAGAUACGAUUCUGUUCAACGGUGAAAUAAUUUUGACGUCGGAAUGUCUUGAAAAUGCGAGUGUAAAGAUUUUUAACAAUGAUUUCUUUAAACAUUUGUGAAAACAGUGCAUUUAGAUAUGUUCUGUUAAUUUAUAUUUAUCACAUACUGUGAACGGAACAUUUAUAAUAUGUUAGUGCAGUGUUCGUUACGUUGGAUAAUUCUAUGAACCUCAGAGUACACGUAAGGACACUAGACCUAAUUUUAAUAAUAUUUUUUGUCGAGGCUGUAAUGCCAGAACAAAUCAUAUUCAAGAUGAACGGGGUUAUACCGAGUGUGCCAAUCACAACUCUCGCUGGUAUCGCGAGUCUCACCGACUUGUUACCUGAAAUGCCCCUUCCAACGCCGUUGCCACAGACAUUGACUAACAAGUCCCUGCUGUUUCAUCCAAGAGUGGCGGAAGAAGCACAAAUACUAUUAAGUGUUCGCAACGAGAACUUAGUGCCGCAAUUAAUACUAUCAUUAUCGCAAACGUCGUCCGAUCAUAUUGAAUUGAAAGACAAUUAUGCAAAUACUGAACAGCCUUUGGAAACCGAGCAAAACACUCCGGAACUACUCAAGGCGAUUCUACAAAUAAAUCCGCACGUAUUCAAGGGCCCCCAGUAUAAUUCACCACGAAACUGGGCGCAGGGAACACCUAUCAUGCAUAAUACCAAUCAGACGUCUGGAAAUUAUGGACGAUUUUCACCAUCUUACUCGAGUUCUUCGGGGUCGAGACAAACGCCGCAAGGUAGUCCAGCUCAUCCGGCCGCUGCCAGAACGGUGCUUCCCCCGCCCGUCGGCAUCAAUCCUCUGCCUAACAUAACACAGCAACCAAAUAUGUAUUCACCGGCACAUAUGAGUUCUCCUGGUACGCCGUUGACGACCCUCGGCAACGUAACACCGCAACACCAUAAUAUGGCUGGCAUGACGCCUCAGCACAACAUGCACAUGGCAUCCCCUAUGCGUGCGCACGUGCCUAUGCCGCAGCAUCAAACCAUUAACAUGCAGCAAAACAUCUACGAUCCUAUGAUGAAUCAACAAGUACAUCAUCCACUGGGAACUCAUCAGCCAAUGGAUAUAGAUAGUUCGGCACAAGAGAACCAACAAUUUUUACUCGAUCCAGUAACAGGUCUUCCUGAUAUCGAUCUACCGAUCGAGAAUAUCGAGGCGAAACAGAGCUUGGAUAACGCGACGCAACAUUUACUGUCGACGACGCAGACCACAUCUUUCCCGACCAUCGACACCAGUGAAAUAGUCAAUACUUUGAACGCUGCCGCGACACCGUUGGUGCAGCAUCAGCAGAACAACAACUCGGAGAAGGUAUUGAAAAUGCCUGGCCCUUUACCGGAGAAAUUGAAGGAGCCGGUCGUAAUGCUGGACAGAUUAUCGUUGGCGGACCAGGCUCUGAUGCAAAAGAGCCUGGCCGCGUUCGCGGAGAAGUCGCCGAGCCGGGCCGCGAAAAUGGGGAUCUCCAAUCUCGACGAGACCAAGUCGGAUUCGGAAAGCGAGGAGGAGAUCGGUAAGAAUAAUAAAUAUUUUAAGGCGCGCGCGAAAGAACGUCAAGUCCAAAGAGAGAAGGAGAAAGCGGAGAGGAAGAAGAGCGAGGAUAAAACGCGCAGGCGAAGAAGGGUGUUGGACGACGACGACGACGAGGACGAAAGGAGCGAACAGCUGUCGCCUUCGAAACCAAAAAUACGGAAGAUCGAGAAGAAGCUUGUACCAGUGUUGGCCAAGCUCAGCGUAGAGGAGCUGAUGGAGACUAAUACGUAUCAGCGUUUCAACACGACCAUAGAAACGAUAUUCGAAAACACCGAAGACUUCACUACCAACGCCGAAUUCGAGGACGACGGUGAUGUGCCUCCGGAAUUGUUAAUUCCUAAAUAUCAGUUACACGAUUUAUGUACAGAAGCGGCGAAAUUGAAAGCGUUAGGAGCGAUGGAGUCCAUUCCUGCGGAUAGAUUGGUUAGACUAUUGAAUAUCUUGGAGAAAAAUAUCCGAGACGGAGCGAAAGUCUCGCCCCUCGCUGAUCCCGACGACGACAUCGACGAAAGUCGGCUAUGGACGCAGUUAGCUAUGGAAAGGGUGCAGCGCGCCGUAGAUGCUUCGUUAAUCUCGUUACAUAUUAUGACGUCUAGUAAUAUGCCAAAAAUGGUUUACUUAGAGGAUGUAAUUGAUAGAAUAGUUCUUUUUAUGAAAUUUCAGUUGCAAAAUACUAUUUAUCCCUCUUUCGAUCCCGUUUAUAAAAUAGAUACGAAAAGCAAGACUGACAGUUAUAAUUCUAGUGGUCGUAAAAAGAGGGGUCACAUGAAAGAGGUGCGCGAGAAAAGUAUUCUUCAGGUUUAUAACAAGAUGCACGAAUUAGUUGGUCUACUUGCUGAAUUAUUGAACAUUCAAGUUUUAACGGAUACGAGCGUCUUGCAUGCAUCUACGCUGGGCGUUGCACCAUUUUUUGUUGAAUCUGUUAGCGACCUUCAGUUAAGCGCUUUGAAGCUCGUCACUGUUAUAUUCACGAAAUACGAAAAGCAUAGAAGAUUGUUACUCGAUGAUAUUUUAGCGUCUAUAGCACGACUUCCGAGCAGCAAACGAAGCUUGAGAACGUACAGGUUAAAUUCCGAGGAUCACAUACAAAUGUUAACGGCAUUGGUCCUGCAACUUAUCCAAUGCGUUGUUGUGUUGUCAGACAGUAUUAUCCCGCAGCAAAAGAAAUCGCAAGAGGAGGACGAGAAGAAGGACGAGAAAAAGCUAAAUUACUUCGACGCUGACGUUUUAAUCAUUAACAAAUACGAGACGGCAACCAGAAUAGCGGGAAAUUUUUUAACCGUGUUCCUCAGCAAAUGCGGUAGCAAAGGAGAGGAGAUCGAUUACAGACCGUUGUUUGAAAAUUUCGUGCAAGAUUUGCUAGCCACCGUGAACAAACCAGAAUGGCCGGCAGCCGAAUUGCUAUUGAGCGUGCUUGGAAAUCUGCUGGUGGGUCAUUUUUCGAAUAAAAGCUCCGACAUGGCUCUCAGAGUGGCAUCCAUCGAUUACCUGGGCGUUGUUGCGGCCAGAUUACGAAAAGACGCGGUCAAUUCCCAAUGCAAAUUGUCUACCAUCGAUCAGAUUAUAAAGGACAUAAAAAUAGAGCAACAGAAGGACUCGGAUUACGAUCAAGUUAAGGACAAGGAGAUCACGGGUCUGAGCGAGGACGAAGAGAGGACAGUUUUUUUACAGAAAGUACUUCUGGAUUAUUUGGCAGUAAACGGGACGAAGGAUUCCGCGUUAGGAUACGCUCGUCACUUUUAUUUGGCCCAAUGGUACAGAGACUGCGCGGUGGAGAAGUCCAGAGUCGGUCAGGCGAAGAACAGCCCUAAUAAAAAGAUACAUAAAAAACGAGUGAAAAAGAAAAAUAAACAUCACACCAGCGACCAGGAGUCCGAAUCCGAGCUGGACGAGCCAGACGCGGACGAGAACGACAAUAACGAGCAGAAGAAUUCAGAGGCUUACAGAAUCAUAGAGGAGAAGAAGAAGUAUAUUGUAAGUAGAAUAAGGCCGUGUAGUACAGGUACGAAACCGGAUAUUCUGCAGACGUAUAUCGAUUACAAUUCGGCGGAACUUAUAUCGCAAUACCUUGCCUCGAAGAGGCCGUUUUCGCAAAGCUUCGAUAGAUACCUGAAACAGAUCCUCCACGUGCUGAUGGAAUCGUCGAUAGCGAUCAGGACGAAGGCUAUGAAGUGUUUAACGAUGAUCGUCGAAGCAGACCCGAGCGUGUUGGCGAGAGUGGACAUGCAACUGGGAGUGAAACAUUCGUUUCUGGACCACGCGACAUCGGUGCGAGAAGCGGCCGUCGACUUGGUGGGGAAAUUUGUACUAAGUAGACCGGAAUUAAUAGAUAAAUAUUACGAUAUGCUGUCCGCCAGGAUUCUGGACACCGGCGUCAGCGUUCGAAAACGCGUGAUUAAAAUUCUAAAAGAUAUCUGUAUGGAGUGCCCGAAUUUCCCCAAGAUACCGGAGAUCUGCGUGAAAAUGAUCAGGAGAGUAAACGACGAGGAAGGAAUUAGGAAAUUGGUCAUGGAGGUGUUUCAAAACAUGUGGUUCACCCCGGUCAGAGAACGUCCCACUCUGGACUCCGAGUCGCUUUUGAGAAAAGUGAUGAACAUAACGGACGUUGUGGCAGCUAGCAAAGAUAUGGGUCUUGAGUGGUUCGAACAGCUGCUGGUAAGCUUGUUCAAGCCGAAAGAGGACAAAGACGAUAGUACAAAGAUGCAAACCGAGCCUCCCAAGGCGUUGCUAACUGCGUGCAAGCAGAUCGUCGACUGCCUAAUCGAGAACGUUCUACGAUUAGAGGAAACGAAUCUGGAGUCCGAGAAGCAGGAGAAGAAGGGAUCGUCGCAGAGACUGGUCGCUUGUUUGACGACCCUGUAUCUGUUCGCCAAGAUACGUCCCCAGUUGCUGGUCAGUCACGCGAUCACGUUACAGCCUUAUCUGAGCCUCAAGUGUCAGACGCAAGGUGAUUAUCAGAUCAUAGGGAGCGUCGCCCACACUCUGGAGUUGGUCGUGCCGCUGAUGGAGCACCCGAGCGAGACUUUUUUAGCCCAACUGGAAGAGGACUCUGUGAAAUUGAUCUUACAGCACGACAGAUCGGUCGUCGCCAGCUGUUUGUCCUGUCUAGGUUCCAUAGUUAACAACGUAACGAGAAAUUUUAAAUUAAUACGAGACUGCUUUAAGAAAUAUUACGGACAUCUGACCGAGUACAAAUCGUUCUACGAAAAGGACCCUACGAAUCCUAUGCUUUUAAAGUACAAGCCGUUCGUAAAGAGAGCGCUGUUCACGGUCGGUUUGUUGUUGCGGCAUUUCAAUUUCACGGAUCCAAACGUCAUCGAGGGCUUGGCGGAGAACAUCAAGGACCAGGUGUUCGAGACGCUGAAUUACUUCGUGCACCUGGACAACGACGACAUCAGACGUUUCACGCUUUCAGCCAUCGGUUCCUUGUGUAUACGUCACUACGAGUUCAUGUUGCUCCCCGAGUUGAAGGAGCUGUACCAUCAUCUGCUUACGUCGGAGAACGCCUUGGUUCACAUGAGAAUCCAAGUGUUGAACAACAUCGAGGUGUACCUACAGGAGGAGGACAAGAGGAUGAUCAAGCAGGACAUGGAGUGGGCGAAGAUGUCGAAACAGGAGAACCUGAAGGAGAUGGGGGACGUGUCUUCGGGGAUGGCGAGCACCGUAAUUCAACUGUACGUGAAAGAAAUUCUCGAAGCAUUCCUGCACGAAAACGUGAGCGUUCGACACGCUGCUCUGAAGGUCAUACAGCUGAUUCUAGCGCAAGGUUUGGUACAUCCUGUCCAAAUAGUACCUUAUCUGAUCUGUAUGAGCACCGAUUGCGAGAAAGCGGUGAGCCACAGCGCGGAUAAGCAGCUGCAGGACAUCGAGAAGAAGUAUCCUGGCUUCAUUCACAUGAAGUCUCAGCUGGGCAUCAAGCUGAGCUACCGAUUGCAGGGUAUCUUGCAGCCGGACGUCAUCGUCAGGGGUAUGCGGGUAAAGGAAGGUGAGUUCCCGGGCGCGUUGAAUGGUUUCCUGUACACCAUUUUAAGGAAUACGAAGCAGCAGAGGAGAGCCAUCGUGCUGUCCUUCCUGAAGCAGUUCGACGAGAGCGCUAAAACGAGCUUGUCGCAAAUGCUGUACCUGGCCGACAAUCUCGCAUACUUUACAUAUCAAGUUCAGGACGAGCCACUGUUCGUUAUACACCACAUAGACAUAAUCAUCUCAAUGUCGGGCACGAACUUGGUGCAAUCGUUCAGGGAAGCGUUACUACCGAAGGAAGGCAGCAAUCAGUUAACGCAGCAGAGCCAGUCGGUCUUGACGGUGGGGCCUGACGGUCUGCCGCGGCCUGAUCAACUCUUGUCCGCGUUGGAGGACGAAGAGGACGACGAGGAGGACGAGGACAUUCUGCUAGCGAGGGUACCGAACGACACGACGCUGCUGAGGGAGUACAUCACCGCCAGCCAAGGCUUUCUGCUUCUUCUCACGUUGAGGCAACACCUGAAGGACCUCUACGGCUUCUCCGAUCAGAAGAUCGGCCAGUACUCGCCGACCGAGGCGGCCAAGGUCUACGAGAAAGCCGUGAAUCGCAAGAGCAAUCUGUUGUUCAAACCAAAGGCUACACUACAGAGGCUGAAGGGGGGCGACAGCAACGCGGAGCUGGACGCGGAUGGCAGGAGGAACCUGGUGAAGGAGUACCUGGACUUCAAGCAGCUGAUGCUCAAGUUCGACCUGGAGGAGGGCGAGGAUGACAAGAACGAGGCCGACACGAGCGGCAAGCACUCGAACGAGCACACCACGGGGAAGAUAGGCAACUCCGAGAUCGAGGGUAAACUGGCGGACGGCGGCGUGACCAGCAACGCUGUUGCCAGUCUGAACUCGACGAUCGAGUACCCAAACAACUCGGUGAACUCGAUGGCCGGUUCGGGGCCGGUGACGCCGGUGCACAACGCGUCCGCGAACGCGCCGCAUCAAAUGCCAGCGCCGCGCGUACCGAAGCUCACGAUACACGCCCACCACGACGCCAAGGAGCACCGAAAGCAUCGCGCGCACAAAACGGAAAAGGUUAAGAAACACAAGAAGAAGAAGAGGAGAAGAAUCUCCGACAGUAGCGAGAGCGAGGACUACAGUGACCCUGACUUUCUAGUGUGAGUGCGGUGGUGUCCGCGCGCUGUGUACAUAUAUAUACGAUGUGUGUGGGUGGAUGUGCGUGCGUGCGUACCAGGCUUCAACCGUUUCGCGAUAGAUCGGUUGAACGGGAACGACCAGUGCCGAACGCUCUAUAAAAUGGCGCCGGACUCCGCCACCGGUGGACGGCGGUGCGAGAAAGUGGGACACAAAACACCGAGCAACACUGUGUACAGAGGAUGCUGGUGCUCUGCGAGAUGUGACUGGAAAGAAAGAGAGAGAGAGAAUGCGUGUGCGUGUGCGAUGCAAAAAUGAAUUUUAAAUAAUGGUCGCCGGGGAUCGGCGAUCCUAGGAUUAAUCUUGUUGGCUAGGACACACACACUGUGGAUGCGCAUCUAAGAUUUUCUCGGUCCAUGUACGUUCGAAUCGCAGCAGAGACUUUGGAGGAACUUGGUUCAGUUAUCGUCGAUGUCGCUUCUUUCGUCUUUUGUCGUUUUCGAUUUUGUGUACAGUACUCGCCGAGACGAACUGUUUAUUGCAACGAUCAGAUGAUUUGAAACGGUUCUUUGUUUUGAUAAGGAGAGGACUGAAAAUGGAAACACGGUUUUUUUUUUUAUCGAUUCUAUUUAGAUUGUAUGUCUUGAGCUGUUUAACCCCUUGGCGCGUGGAAAAUUUGUGGUAGGUGCAAAUUAUGAAUCGGUAACGUUGUUUUUUUUCUGACGAAUUUGAGAUUAUAAACUUUUAAAUCAUGAGACGGAUAUGUCGGGAAUCGUGUCUAGAACCGUCUGGUAUUAUUUUUUUUACGA